AUACGCUCAGCCUCCAUCGACUGCCCUUAAAGACUCGACGUUUUCCUUUUCGAAAUAUCAUGUCAAUCUUCAAUAUUUCAGAGCCUUCUAGGAGCCUUCCGCCAACCUAUUUUGUUCUACCUUACAUCUCGUGCGAAAGAAUCUGGGAAUCUUCUUAGCAGCCAGAGAUCAGCCUCGUAUGCCACCGCCAUGAAUCGCCAACACGCCGUCGCAGAACCCGAACAGCGAGAUGAACAUGCGACUGAAUGGGCUCAUCGUGAACUCAACACGAUACCCAUAGCGGUCACCCAAACAGACACACCGCAAGCUAUGCUACUUAUAGACGGUUGCGACACACUAAGUAGCUUUCCAACGAGUGCAAACCCACGAGAUACCUCUCAGUCAACUUCGUGGGUGAGCUUCCAGCCUUAUCAACAACGAGCAGGAUUUGCUGGAUGUAACCACGGACAAGGAUCAGGCCUGCCAGAAGAGGUGGAACAGGAGCUCGCCGAAGCGGAGUUGCGGCAUGCUGUAGCACGCUAUGAAAUCCUAGAGAAGGCAAAAGCCUUCUCUCCAAGCUCACACCCACGGAUUGUAGAUGCUCCCUGUAUGGAUCCUGUCAUGGGUAGCACAAUCACCGACUAUGGUGGGGAAUCUGGUCCUUCCAACGCGCUCAUGCAUUCACAUCAGCUUUUCAGCCACGACCCUAUACCGAAUGAUAGCGGCAGCAUGCAGGUUUUCAACCUCGGUGUCUGGCCUACACAGCAGAUCCCAGAUACCACGUUUGAUCUGAAUCCCUCCCAGGAUGGUGUCCAUGAUCCAGAUCAGAUGAGCAUUACCUUUCCCAAUAUUCACGUCGACAAUUCUAGUGCUCACUAUCAGGCGAUGUAUCGUGGGCCAUUCACAGAGACCUCAAUGCUACUCAGAACACCACCUUACAACAGGAUGAUUCCCAUCUUGGAUACAGGCGAUCAAGCAAACAACGGAUCUUUCUUGGAAGCUACUAAUCCUUGUCACAGCACGCAAUCAGUUCUUACGCCGCAAGGAGUUAGAUCCGUCGCUGUUGAUGCAGAUGACCUGGAGAUAAAUCCGAUUGAUGAUGCCGCCUACAACAUGACAAGUCCACUUACUGUUACACCGUGGAACGGCAACAUUGCUUCGCAUCAAGGCCAUCCCUUUGUUGCAGUGUCGCAUGGGCUGUCGCCUUAUCCGACGAUCGAGCAAUCUGCUACAGGCUGUGCCGACGCAAUAGAAACUGCGGCCCCCCUGCUCCAUUUCCAAACCAUGACAGUCGUCUCUGGAAUCGGUGGCGACCAACUAACAAUCGCCAAAAGGAAAACAUGCGGUUCCAAUAACGCUGGCAAUGACAAAACUGUGUCCAGUUGUGCGCUCGACAAUAUCUACUUUCAUACAAGCCCUGAGGCUGAUCGUGAGCGUAAAAGAUACCAGCCAAAGAGUCGAAGGGUUACGACGAAGGCCUCUUGGUCUUGCUUUGGUUGUCGUCUUAAUAAAAGGAAGUGCGAAACUUCGAUCGACGGUCUUUGCCUUCGAUGCAAGGACAUAUUGAACAAGAAUGCCUAUCGCACACCAGUCCAGAAGUUUACAUGUAAUGUCAGAACGAAGUUUGUUGACUUUGCAUAUUCGUGCUUCACCGAUGUACCGGAGGAAUUUGAUGACAUACGACUCUUACUUGAAUCUGACUUCGCGAUAAAAAGAUUUGGAUUCACUUUGCCAACAACCAUCGACAGUAUCGAAAGAUCUCAGGAAGCUAUGAUCAGCAUGAUCUACGAACUUGUGGAGCGUCUCCGCAGCUUCCUCGACUUCAUGGAGCCGCUACACGUCAGACGAUUUUCCUCAUCGUUCUCCUUUCCACCGGUAUUAUGGAGUUACUCUUUGAGCAUAAUCAAGUGGCAGAAGGCAAUCGGCUCUCUUUGGCCGAGUCUGAAGGAUGACCUUUACUUCCAUAAGGAGUACCAUAUUCAUACAAUGCGCCCAAUUUCUCUCAAAUCGCUUGACCAUAUGGACUACUUCGGAGACUAUUUUUCAGUAGCUCUGUUGCUAAACAUAUGGUAUGAGGAGUUAUUGGCCAUGGAUAAGAACCCCAUAAUGCGCAGCUCCGCAAAAGAUCACUUCCAAUCCGCUCUUGCGGACCGCAUUCUACAUAUCUAUCGCAGCCUCUUCCCUACCAGUACUGUUGGUAAGGCCUCGCGGACAGAAGGGUUGGACGGUCAAGCGAUAGCACUCAGUCUUUUCCCUUCCACAACCGGACUAUUGCCAUCGCACAUUCGCCACCUCCCGAUGGGCGAUAUUGCGCUGGCCAUACUACCACAUCGGAAGAUAUCAAUAUGCGCAUAUGAGAACCUACCGGCGGAAAAGGCUGAUCCGCGCUGCCGGAAGCCACCGAAACAUCCCUUUCCAAUGCUGAAGGCUUACGUUCCCGCACAGCUAUUUGUUAUCUUAGGCCUGGACAUAGACAUGCAAGUUUCCAGUACGGAUUCGCAGUGGAUGGAACCUGUCGAAUUGUGUAUCCGGAAGCAUCUCGGGAACUACGAUGCAGGGUUCCAGAAGGAGAUACUCGACUUUUCGCCCUAUACCGUGUCCAUUGGGACCAAGGCGCUUUUCAACGACGUCAAUAGAUUCCCUACAGAAGAGGGUCUUGGCCAUCAGGUCCGUGCAUCUUGGGAUAGUAAAGGAAGAACACUACUGCCUCGGAUUAUCGAAUUCUCCAUCCGCUAUUGCACAAUGCUCAUACGGUUUGUACGUUUAUGGUCUUUGUUGCAGAAAAGAGAAGUAACUCUUGCUGAAUUCGUCAUGGAGAACCGAGACUUAGAGGAUAAGUACUUUCAGGUCUUAGUUGAUGACUCUGAAUCUUCCAGAGCUAGGCUGGUUCCUGUUGUGAUGAGCUGGGUGUCAACUCUAGGGCAUUCGGUGGAUUCGGAAGUAGUUCAAUCGUUUCUGCAGUCCUUACACAUUCGUGAGGAGGCACCUGGAUUCGGAAGGACGAUCGGAGGGUUGAACACAGCCGGGUUCUUGGCUUGAUCACAAGUGUGUCUAGUGGAGGAGAAGAUCAUGAGCACGUGCGGCACAGCUCAUUUAGCAAGUUCGAGAAGAAAAACAAUAUAUCUGGAGAAGAAAAGGUAGAAGACGAGUUAAGGAGGUCGAUAGGUUAGCAUAACGCUGAUGAGGCAGAGAUGACCUUGUCUUCGUUUUCUUCAAAAUUAUUCAUGAAUCUGUAAGCGUGGCAUGUAACACAUAAAUACUGGGCAACUAGGAGGACACGGUGAAAGACAAGCGUUUAUUCUAUAUCGACAGUGCUCGAGCAGAAAGAGAAUUUCAUGACAAAAGAC